GUAAUUUUUUACGCUUGCGCACCCCCUCACCAGCUGACAGUCGUAAUCCUCCACUGCCUUUCCAUAAUAUUCCUAAUUUGUUAUUAUCUUAUUGUUUAUCGAGGGCUGGGAAUUAACCGAGGGCUGUCAUCAUGCCGAUGCCCUACGGAGAAAAAUACACACCACUUAACUCGCAGUUAUUGAUCCUGAGAGGACCAAAUUAUUAUGAUGCACCGGAGGGAAAAAAUCCCUGGGAGAAACUGUGGGGAAUAAACAAAUAUUGCAUUUUGAGUUCAGCAUUCGCGACUAUUGGAGAUGCCCUGUUUAUUUCGCAGACAAAAAAUUUAAUUGAGACGAUGAAUGUUCUAAGCUUCUACCUACUGCCUUCUGUAGGUGUAGCAACUACAUUUGCAUCCGUUACUUAUAUCGCCACGAAUGUCAGGGGCAAGGAUGACAAGCUGAAUUACGCGAUUGGGGUGGCGGCUUGUAUACCCGUUCUCCAUGCAUUCAAAAAAAAGCAGAGCUUCACAAUUCCUGCGACAAUUUUCCUCAUGAUUGCUGCACUCCUCAAGAAGGACUCUAAGCAGAACGAAUGGAACCUUUUCAACAACCCGAACCCAGAGCUGGGUAAUUUCUACGAUUAUUCACUCGUGGGAACUAUCACAGAGUGGCCGAGAAGACCGUAUUAAUGAGCGUUUUCGAUUCUUCUGUCGAGAUCGAUUAGAAUUCUCCCAUGGGGCAGACACUUGAGACUUUUUACCAAAUGUUUAAAUCUCAUUCAAUACUAUGAAUAAAUUAGAUAAUUACUAAAAAUUGUU